UGCUCAAAAGAAGUUUCUAGUUUUUCUCGUUUUCCAUUUUUAGAUUUUUUUUCUUUUCUUAAAAAAUGACUCUGUGAUCUGAGGUAAAGUGACUUCGCAGAGUGACCGCAAUCACAGUGCCCCACACAGCUGUGUGAGGCUCGCUUGGUGGCGCUCAUGUGGUGUUCAGUUGCAGAGAAGGGCACCUUCUAGGACAAGGGCUGGAUGAGGACAACCCGUUUUGAAAAACGACCCUGAGGGGAUUCACCAGGCAUUUUUCUUCCAUGUGGAGAUGUUGUGUUGCUUUUCAGCUUGGAUUUUUUUCCCCUACAAAAAUACCUGCCACAGAGCUAAGGAGCUGGUCAAAUUUUGUGUGACUCGACUUCCAGCUGGCCGGGCGGGAAGGUGCCAGGCCAGUUCCAGUGCAGGGGAUGGCCCCUGAAAUCUCUGGCCCCAGAGACCGGGAGACCAGACCGUUGGCCUGGGAGCGACAGAGGCCUGAGGGGGCAGGAGGGGCGCCCUGCUUUCCAGAGAAAAUUCGGUCUCCUCCUCCACUUCCUGUCCUUUGACUCCUAGAUGGAGAGGCUCACAGCACACACAGCUAGGACCUCUGUGGAUAAAAUUAGGGCAGUUUGCAUGAUGUCAGUUAAGCUUUCUUGAUGUAUUUUGCUGUUUUUGACAAAAAAGAAUCAACUCCAUGAACCAGUAGUUGGUGAAGGACACGGGCUCAGCGUAAGAGUUGGGAACUGCUGGAGUGUUUGAAUAUUUUGGGAUACACAAUGGGCAUUCUCUUUCAAAAUGCAAUUAAAAUAAAUGCAGAAGGUGGAUGGAAAGUGUGCACAGUGACUUAAGAAAUGGAUUAAACAAUAACAGCCUCGACUCAUACUCACUCUGUUCAGUGGGUGUAGCGCUCGGUGUAAAAAUCCUGUCGAGGUAAGUGCUUUUCAAAGGGGCGAUGCAGAUGGGGUGUGGAUGUGGUCAGGGACAUGCUGACUGGUCAGUUGGCUCAAAACCAAGAUGGCACCUCUGUCCUACUUAGCAGCUGUGUGCAGGUUAGAGCAGGUCUGAAAAGGUGAGGUGCUCAGCAGCCUCCGGGGGACAAGCAGUUUAUAGAGAAACAAUCAAUAGUGGCUAUUUGAAGGCUGGAGUUUCAUAUCCUUUAACCCUUGCUUUACCUGGGAUAGUUCAUAUUUAUCAAUGGAGGCGAGACCUUGUGCUGAUGUCCACGCAUGCACCGGGCAGAAAGCCUUCACAUCUUUGAUUUGAGUGGCUCUGAACUGAGGCCCACUUCUGGUCCCAGGAAGCUGCUUGGCCCCCUACGCACAGGCGAGCAGGGGAGGUGAGCAGCACUGGUGCCCGGCUCUGGCCUCCACACUGGACAGGCCUCAGAGCUGCCUGGAGAGAUUUAAAAUGCAGGUUCUCGGGCAACAGGGUGUUUGGAGGUUUGGUCCAGGUGUGUGUAUUUUAAGGAAAGUGGAGUUGGGACCAGUGUCUGCCCUAGGAGAAGGUGGAUUCAUCUGAGGAUCUCUGUCCCCAGCAGCCUGUGCGGGUCCAGUCAGCAGCAUGUCACUGCGCUGACCACCAGCAGACAGGGAGGCUGCACUGACCAACGUGUGGGGGUAACAGGCCUGAAAGAGGCACUUUAUGUUCUAAUAUGACAGUCGAGCUGAGGCUUUCAGGAAGGUUAAGCCUUUCUGAUACAGCUGAAUAAAUCACCCCUGUCCCAGUAUCACCCAAGAAACGGCCCAGAAGGUGAGGAGGAAGCAGAAGAGAACUGGCUUUCUGGUUACUAAGAACAGGUAUUAAGGUCUCAUUUUUUUAAUGUGGUGAACAGAGUAUUUAUAAUUCAUUUAAAAUAAUCACAGCUACCGUUUACACACUCUAAAUGGGGAGAGAAAAUGCACACAGACCUGGAACAAGAACAGUUGAAAAAACGCACCAGGCAUUCUCACUGUGCUCUCCAGACGUCGGGCUCAAGCUCCAUCUCCUCAGGGUUCACCUCCUUCUGUGUGGCCCAUUCCUUAUUGUCCUUAUUUUUUGUAUCCAGCCCCUACUGUGUUGUUAAUUUUUACAUACUAUUUGCCAGUCUUGUCAUUCCUAUGAAAUGGUGUCACCACAGUACAUAAAAUUUCCAGACCUAGACCUGGUGUGUCACACGUCUAGUAUUUGGUAGAAAGGGCCUUAGGAACCAGCAAACCUGACUCUUUAUUUUUAGAUCAGAAAAGUAGACCAAGUUUGUUUAAAAGACUUACCCGUGAGCAACCGAUUCAAGCCUAGGCAGGGCUUGAGGCCAGAUACCACACAAUGUGAAAUAGAAAGUGCCUCGGGAUUUGGGCCCCCAUUUCAAGCUGUGGCUUUGCGUUUACCAGUUCUGUGACCUCACAUGAGUUCUUCACUUCUCUGGGUCUGUUUCUUCCAUUCUCCAAUGAGAGGCAAUUAAUGAUCUCUACUUACUUCACAGAGACGUUGGGAGAAGCAAGUGAGCUUGUGUUUGUCAGUAGUCUUAACUCUGGGUGCACAGUUGGAUCUUUGGAAGAUUCAACAGUGAGCGAACAGACACAACAGACGCCCAGCCCACCCGAGGGAGCUGACUUGGUUCACGGCGUGCUUUGUGGUCAACACUUUGAGAAGAUCCCCGGGUGAUUUUACUGUCCAGCCAGGGUGGAGAACAUGAGCCAUGUGGUACCGGCAGGUCCUCACUGUGGCUGGGAAUGUUUGCUCCCAGCUUUCCAGUGCGAGCUCAUCUCCCUGAUUGAAAGAUGCAUGAGUGUGAUGCAGUCCGGGACACAGAUGAUCAAACUGAAGCGCGGGGCCAAGGGGCUGGUCCGGCUCUUUUAUCUGGACGAGCACCGGACCCGCCUCCGAUGGAGACCCUCCAGGAAGAGCGAGAAGGCAAAAAUCCUUAUUGACUCCAUUUACAAAGUCACUGAGGGCCGGCAGUCUGAAAUAUUCCACAGGCAAGCCGAAGGGAACUUUGAUCCCAGCUGCUGCUUCACCAUCUACCAUGGCAACCACAUGGAGUCCCUGGACCUCAUCACCUCCAACCCCGAGGAGGCACGCACCUGGAUCACAGGGCUCAAAUACCUGAUGGCCGGCAUCAGCGAUGAAGACUCCCUUGCCAAGAGGCAGAGGACCCACGACCAGUGGCUGAAGCACACCUUCGAGGAAGCUGAUAAGAAUGGUGAUGGCUUGUUGAAUAUUGAGGAGACACACCAGUUGAUGCAUAAGCUCAACGUCAACCUGCCCCGAAGAAAAGUCAGACAGAUGUUUCAGGAAGCUGAUACAGAUGAGAAUCAGGGGACCCUGACAUUUGAAGAAUUCUGUGUUUUUUACAAAAUGAUGUCGUUGAGACGGGACCUUUACCUGCUGCUCUUGAGCUACAGUGACAAGAAGGAUCACCUGACAGCGGAAGAGCUGGCUCAGUUUCUCAAGGUGGAGCAGAAGAUGAAUAAUGUGACAACAGACUAUUGUCUUGACAUCAUAAGGAAAUUUGAAGUUUCAGAAGAAAAUAAGGCGAAAAAUGUUCUUGGCAUAGAAGGCUUCACCAGCUUCAUGCGCAGCCCGGCCUGUGAUGUGUUCAACCCGCUGCACCACGAGGUCUUCCAGGACAUGGAGCAGCCACUGUGCAACUACUACAUCGCCUCCUCCCAUAACACCUACCUGACCGGGGACCAGCUGCUGUCGCAGUCCCGGGCGGACAUGUAUGCACGCGUGCUGCAGGAGGGCUGCCGCUGCGUGGAAGUUGACUGUUGGGAUGGCCCAGAUGGAGAGCCAGUCGUACAUCACGGUUACACCCUGACCUCCAAGAUCCUCUUCAGAGACGUCGUGGAGACCAUCAACAAGCAUGCCUUCGUGAAGAAUGAGUUCCCAGUCAUCCUGUCCAUUGAGAACCACUGCAGCGUCCAGCAGCAGAGGAAGAUUGCCCAGUACCUGAAAGCCAUAUUCCGGGACAAGCUGGACCUAUCGUCUGUGGACACAGGGGACAGCAAGCAGCUUCCGAGCCCUCAGAGCCUGAGAGGAAAGAUCCUGGUGAAGGGCAAGAAGUUGCCUUAUCACCUUGGAGAUGAUGCAGAGGAAGGGGACGUUUCUGACGAGGACAGUGCAGAUGAAAUUGAAGACGAGUGCAAGUUCAGGCUUCACUGUAAUAACGGAACUACUGAGCAUCAGGUGGAAUCGUUCAUCAGGAAAAAACUGGAGUCGCUGUUAAAAGAAUCUCAAAUUCGAGACAAAGAAGAUCCUGACAGUUUCACGGUGCGGGCUCUGCUGAAGGCCACGCAUGAAGGCCUGAACGCACACCUGACACAGCACCCAGAUGUGAAGGAAAGUGGGAAGAAAUCGCACGGACGAUCCCUCAUGACCAACUUUGGGAAAUACAAGAAAACCACAAAAUCACGGUCUAAAUCUUACGGUACUGAUGACGAGGAGGACGCACAGCAGCCUCCUAGCAAGGAGCCCAGCCCGCUUUCCAGGCUUGGUCGCCGGAGGAAAACCAUGAAGCUGUGCCGAGAGCUCUCAGAUCUGGUUGUGUACACAAACUCUGUGGCAGCCCAGGACAUCAUGGACGAUGGAAGCACAGGAAAUGUGCUGUCAUUCAGUGAAACAAGAGCACAUCAGGUUGUUCAGCAGAAGGCAGAGCAGUUCAUGGUUUACAACCAGAAGCAGCUCACAAGGGUUUACCCCUCCGCCUACCGCAUUGAUUCCAGCAACUUCAACCCUCUGCCCUACUGGAGCACGGGCUGCCAGCUGGUGGCCCUGAACUACCAGUCUGAAGGGCGGAUGAUGCAGCUAAAUCGAGCCAAAUUCAAAACCAACGGCAACUGUGGCUACGUCCUCAAACCCCAGCAGAUGUGCAAAGGUACUUUCAACCCUUUCUCUGGUGAUCCGCUUCCUGCCAACCCCAAGAAGCAGCUCGUCCUGAAGGUGAUCAGUGGGCAGCAGCUCCCCAAACCCCCAGACUCCAUGUUUGGGGACCGAGGCGAGAUCAUCGAUCCGUUUGUUGAAGUUGAAAUUAUUGGAUUGCCAGUGGAUUGUUGCAAAGAUCAAACCCGUGUAGUGGAUGACAAUGGAUUUAACCCAAUGUGGGAAGAAACCUUGACGUUUACAGUCCACAUGCCAGAAAUAGCUUUGGUCCGGUUCCUCGUGUGGGAUCAUGACCCUAUAGGACGAGACUUCGUUGGGCAAAGAACUGUGACCUUCAGCAGCUUAGUGCCUGGCUACCGGCACGUCUACCUUGAAGGACUGACAGAAGCAUCCAUAUUUGUGCACAUCACCAUCAAUGACAUCUGCGGAAAGUGGAGCCCUUUAAUCCUCAACCCCAGUUAUACCAUCUUGCACUUUCUAGGAGCCACCAAGAGCAGGCAGCUGCAAGGCCUGAAGGGCCUGUUCCACAAGAACCCCCGGCUCGCUGCCUCCGAUAGCAACCCCCAUAGCAUGCGGAAGCGGUCACUCGGGGACAGGAUUCUGCGACGCACAGCCAGCGCUCCAGCCAAAGGCAGGAAAAAGAGCAAAACAGGCUUCCAUGAGAUGGUGGAGAUAAAGGAGUCCGUAUGUGAACCUGCAAGGGAGCCUGACGGGGUCCUGAGGAGGACGGCGCGGAGUCUGCAGGCGCGCCCUGUGUCCAUGCCUGUCGGCAGGACCCUGCUGGGGGCCUGGCCACCCGCGCCCGCAGUGGCCGAGGCUGCUGAAGGGAAGGAGAGCCCUCCGGCAGGGAAGGACGGCGCAAGAGACGGGGCAGCAGGUAUGAAAGACCCACGGCUUCCAAAUUUCAGCAAAAAGCUGUCCUCUUCCUCCAGCGCUCUCCUCCCCAAGGACGUCGGCCUACGGGACUCCCCUGUUUCCACUGCCAACAUGUUGGUCCCAGGAGGGCAGUGGGCAGCGCCAGGCCCCGCGGGUGGGAGGGCCAGAUCGCACGUGGCAGGGGACUGCCAGGAACACCACAGCCCCAGCAAGUCGCUGUCCCCGAGGCAGCACUGGGCUCCGGAUCCUGCACCUGACCCGACACGAGAUCCGUGUGCUGUGAGAUUUAAGGAGCACGUGGAUGCCCGGAUUCCUGCGGAAGGGAGAAGCCUCCUUUCUCAGAGCAGUCUGGAGAUUAAGGCCCUGGGCGGCACCUGGGACCCGGGCAGAGCCGCAGCAUCCUUUUCUCUGUCUGACAUCUCGGCGCUCUGCGCCGACGCGCCUGACUUACACUCCACCGCGAUUCUGCAGGAGAGUGAGAUUUCCCGUCUCAUCGACGACGUCACUUUGACUAACGAGAACGAGCCGGGCAGUUCCAUCUCGGCCUUGAUUGGCCAGUUCGAGGAGACCAGCGACCAGGCCAGCCUCACAGUUGUUGCUCAUCUUCACAGCACCCGUGUGAGGCCAGGCCGUCCUCCCCUGCCCGCCGCGGACCUGGAAAUGCCCGUCAAGUGUGGCUUUCCCACGGGAAAACCCGAGUCACCCUUCCUGAGCUCGCCCCCUGCGCUGCUGCCAUCCUCGAGUCCUGAGACGUGCGAACGCUCAGCGCGCCCAGGUGUCUGUGAAACCACCUGCACUGUUGCUUGGAAAACCAAGCUGGAUGACGCCCCUCCUGGGAAGGCCAAGACCAGGGCCGUGGAAGGCAACCUGCCCCGGUCCUCGAGUACUUCUCACUGCUGGGGACCAAAAAGCCCCGCCCCUGGAGAGGCCCUGGAGACGGUGCAGGCGCGCAGCCUGGCCCCGGCCGCGGACUUGACGCUGGAAGGUGUAAUCGCUGAUCCCACUCUCUGUUUCAAUUCUGCAGAGAGCAGUCUCGUGGAACUGGAUGGAGACUCAGAAAACCUGUCUGUGACAGCCUGUGAGUCUAGGAGAGAGGGCACAAGUCACAUUGCUUCUCCUUUAAAACUGAAGUACAGUCAGGAUGCGGUGGGACAUUUUCAAAAAGGCUUGAGAAACGGCUACUGUAAGGAGACUUUGCGCCCUCCUGUCCCUGAAAUAUUCAGCAGCAUUCAGGAUGUCAGAAAUCAGGGUGUUUCUUGUCUAGCCCGUCAGGGUGCUGGUUCUGUGUAUGACCAUUUCUCAAAUUCAGAAGCAAAAACAAACCCGACUUGUGUGCCCCUGUCCAGUGCUCCGGACGUGCAUGCCCCUGCGCCCCCAUGGUCCACACGCGCUCCUCUGCCUGCUAUGAAGCUGCCCAGUCCUUGCAAGUCCAAAAGUCUGGGGGACCUAACGUCAGAAGACAUCGCCUGCAGUUUCGAAAGCACGUACCAGUGCAUCAGUAAGAGUUUUAUCGCGACGGGUGCCAGAGAGGAGGAGGGUGUGCGCGUGCCGACCGCGUCGUUGGGGCCGGCGGAUGCCCUGACCCAGCAGCUGCGCCGGCUCGUGUCCUUCGACCAGGAUGACGGCUGCCCGGCGUCAUGUUCACAGCAGGACACCGGUCAGGUCCCCAGGGUGCUGGUCAGAAAGCUGUCCUCCAGAAGUCAGAGCAGGGUGCGCAACAUUGCCAGUCGGGCCAGGGAACGGCAGGAGGCCGGCCGGCCCCGGGGCGCGGACCCCAGCGCUGCGGGCGGCGUGGUUCUGCGCACCAAGCGCGCGGCACCCGCACCCGCGGGGACCCGGCACUCCACGGGCUCCUAUGUGGCCCACCUGCAUCUGCCGGGCGCUCACCUGCCCGGCGCCCACCUGCCUGGUGGCGAUGGCAGGGGCCCCCCCGAGGGCGCGUGCGCCUGCGCAGCCCUGCGCUCCCGCCGGACCCACCGCUUUGGUUCCGAUGAUUCUUUUGUGCACACUGAGCCCAGCAGUGAUGAUAAACCAGAGAUUUAUUUUCUUUUGAGACUGUGA